AUGGAUGUGAUAGCAUUUUUAGGACGUAUUGCAAUAAUUGCGUUGAUAUUUUUGUUAUUAAACGUGGAUUAUAUUGGUGUUGUGCAUGUGUUAUAUCAAAAAUAUUUUUCUAAUCAGACAACGGAUUUAUAUGACAAGAGUAAAAAUUUACAUCAGAAAAAACAGAUUAAUAAAAAAGAGUUUCCAGUGAAAAAAGGUUUAGUGGAACCACGUGUGCCUGGUUUACAUGGUGGAACAGUUGCUUUGAAUUUAGAUGAACAAAUUGAAAAGGACACGAUAGAGAAAUUAGGCCUUUUUAAAUCAAAAUAUGAAGUUUUGGAAGUGUUAAAAGAACAUUGUCUACCAAAAUUAAUUUGCGAAAUGAGUGCUACACCUCGUAAAAACACACUUUCGUCAAACGAACGCGAAUUAUUAAAUUUAAUAAAGCAAAGUAACAUAUUAAUAUAUGGCACAAUGUCAUCAAAAUAUCAUUAUGCUGCGCAUAUGGGUCAAUUAAUAUCUGGUUUGGAAGGUCAAGGCUGUCAUAAUUUUUAUCCAAGUUGUCCAUUUCAAAGUGUACAAGUUUUACAGAUGAUUCGACGAGCCCGUCCAAAUUCAAUAGUUAAAAGAUUAUAAUAUAUCAACAAUAUGGCAUAUUGACUAUGUCAAAAUCAUUAAGUUAGCCGAUUAUCCACCCUAAAUGCUUUGAAAAUUAAAACAAAAAUCUGUUCAAACUGAUCCUUUUGAAGGCACGUCAAAUAUCAAACCGGAGGGGAUCAGAUAAGCGGCUAAACUUAUUUAAAUUUUUGUAAAAUUUAUGAAAACGUAUCUCUAUAAGACUGAAUAAAACUGUUUAAUACAUACCUAACUCAACGAGGGGCCCCACAUCAUUCUUACGAAAAAAAACUUUCAACAAGGUUAAAACUUGUUGGUCUUCGAAAUAAUUU